AUGGUGAACCAUUUUCUUUUCGACGUCAAAACAUCAGGGAUCCUUAUCCCCAAGACUCAUGUCCUGAUUACUGGAACUUAUCUAUCUAUCUAUCUAUCUAUCUAUCUAUCUAUCUAUCUAUCUAUCUAUCUAUCUAUCUAUCUACACACACACACAUAUAUAUUUCUUUCUUUCUCUCUCAUCAAAUUUCUUUUUUCUUUAUUUUCAACUAAUUACAUUCUUGCUAAAUUUCUUUCUUUCGUUUUUUCUUUAUUUUUUAUGGAUUUUCUGUCUUUUUCUUUCUUUCUUUUUCCUUUAUUUUCAUUUUUUCACAUUCUCAUUUCUUUCUUUCUUUCUUUCUUUCUUUCUUUCUUUCUCAAUGGGCUUUCCUGCUCCCUAUUGAUUAUUGCUUACUAUUCUCUUUUAUAUUUGUUUUUGUUUUAUUUGUUCCAUUUUAGUCUUCUUCUUCUACUUCUUCUUCUUUCUCCACCUCCUCCUCUUCUUCUUCCUUUCUCCUUCUUUCUUUUUCUUUCUUUCUUCCUUUUUCCUUCUCUUUUGACUUUUUCUUUCUUUCUCUCUCUCUCUCAUUCUUUCUUCUUCUUCUUCUUCUUCUUCUUCUUCUUCUUCUUCUUCUUCUUCUUCUUCUAA